AUUUUAGAAUUAGAGCCCAAGACAGAGAACUGAAAAUUCACCUUCGUUCUCCAAUAUAUAUAUAUAUUCUCCGAGAGAGAGAGAGAGAGUUAACGGCGAUAAUGGCGUCAUCGUCAAGCAGUGGCUUGACAUUCAAGCUUCAUCCAUUAGUAAUACUCAACAUAUCAGAUCACUACACACGUGUCAAAUCCCAGUCUCAGCCUCCUUCAUCCAACGGUGCAGAUUCACCUUCCGUACCGCCACCUAGGGUUUUCGGUUGUGUUAUCGGUGUACAAAGUGGCCGUAAUGUUGAGAUCUUCAACAGUUUUGAACUGUUAUAUGAUCCCGUUACUCAUUCUCUUGACCGUGCUUUCCUCGAAAAAAAACAGGAACUCUAUAAGAAGGUUUUCCCUAACUUUUAUGUACUGGGAUGGUAUUCAUCGGGGAGUGAUGCACAAGAAUCGGAUAUGCAUAUUCACAAAGCUUUGAUGGAUAUCAAUGAAAGUCCCGUGUACGUGCUUCUCAAUCCUUCCAUCAAUCAUGCACAGAAGGACCUGCCACUCACUAUCUAUGAAAGUGAGUUGCAUGUCAUUGAUGGCAUCCCACAGCUUAUUUUUGUCCAAGCAAGCUACCAGAUAGAGACUGUUGAAGCUGAACGGAUUUCUGUUGAUCAUGUUGCUCAUCUUAAACCAUCUGAUGGAGGUUCUGCUGCAACUCAGUUGGCUGCCCACCUCACUGGCAUACAUAGUGCCAUUAAGAUGCUGAAUAGCAGAAUCAGAGUGCUACAUCACUAUCUGCUUGCAAUGCAAAAAGGUGACAUCCCUUGUGAGAAUUCACUUUUGAGGCAGGUCUCUAGUCUGUUAAGAAGAUUACCAGCUAUCGAGUCGGAGAAAUUUAAAGAUGAUUUCUUGAUGGAGUAUAAUGACACAUUAUUAGUUAGUUACCUCGCCAUGUUCACCAACUGCUCUAGUACAAUGAACGAGCUUGUUGACAAAUUCAACACUGCAUAUGACAGGCAUAGUAGGAGGGGCGGACGAACUGCUUUUAUUUGAAAGUUUUUUGUUUUUUUGUUUUUUUUGUUUUUUGGUAGGAAAAGGUUUUUAUAUUACUACUAAAUAGUCAUUACAUUGCUGAUGUUGAUAUUUGCCUAUUUUGGCAAGGAUAUUACAAGUACUAAGAGGAUCCUUAGGACUACAAGUUGAUCAAUUUCUGCCUUUGAAGAUCCUUCCUUUGCCAAAAUGUGGGCUACGUUGUUGCCUUCCCGGAAACUAUGCCGGAUCUGGGGAUUCCCAAGUUCCUUCAGCCAAGACCUGCGUGUUGUAUUGAGGAACAUUGUUUUGUCGUAGUAAAUUAAUUACCUCAGUGGAAUCCGCUUCAA